AUGGGCAAAUUCAGUUUCAAGAAGGGUGACAAUGAGGAAGACUCUAGCCGACUCGCAUUGUUUGGCUCCCGAUCCAAAUCCAAGUCUCCUGCUCCUCCCUCCUCAAACCCCUACGCACAGACUGCUGUACCCCCAGACCCUUAUACGAGGGCAAAGAUGAAUGCUGGGAUCGCACCUCCACAGGGCCAAGGGCAGGCUGCGGCUGGAUACCGCCCUGGACCAGGGCCUCAAGGCAGCUUCAGCGGUUUGCCAGGCCCCGGACAACAAAGACCGUCAUUUAAUAGGGACAAUUCAUUUGGGGGAGGGCCGCCAAACCAACCUACAGGAGACAGCAGACACGAUCCCUCUCAGGCUAGUGCUGGCAGUGGUGGAUACGGUGCCGAGAAGUUCGGGAAUCAAAAUGGAUAUGGCGCUGGAGGCAGUGGAGGUAACCCGUAUGCCAGCAUUCAACAGACAAGCGGCAUGAUGAGGCAAGGCGGCUAUGGCGGACUCGGACCUUCCAGCGUUGACAAUGACCCAAACCGGGACGCACUAUUCGGCGGAGUAAAACAACGUCUGGAGCAAAAGCAACAGAGCCCGGUAGGUGGGCCUCCAGACUAUCAGUACGACGCCUCUAAGAAUGCUGGGGAUCAGAGUUAUGGAGCUUAUGGCGACCGGCAACUCACCGCCGAGGAGGAAGAGGAAGAGGACAUUCAAGCGACCAAGCAAGAGGUUAGGUUUAUGAAGCAGCAAGAUGUGGCUUCGACGAGAAAUGCUAUUCGUGUCGCUGCUCAAGCUGAAGAGAUGGGCCGAAACACUCUCGCCCGGCUCGGGGCACAGGGCGAAAGGAUGCAUAACACUGACCGGAAUCUUGACAUUGGAAAUAAUCACAUCAACAUUGCCGAAGACAAAGCGAAAGAACUGAAGACCUUGAACAGAAGCAUGUUUGCAGUUCAUGUAAACAAUCCCUUCACCGCCAAGGAUAGGCGUGCUCGUCGCGACGAGCAAAUCAUGGAUCGGCAUCACGCAGAACGGGAAUCCCGAGAAGCCACUCGAGAAGCCGCUUUCAAGAGCACUCAGCGCAUGAACCAGAAUUUCAAAGGAUUGGAUGACGUCUCAGUGGGACCUAAGAGCAAGACAAACCUUGCUGAGCGCGCAAAAUAUCAAUUCGAGGCCGAUAGCGAGGACGACGCGAUGGAAGACGAAAUCGACCGAAACCUUGACGAGCUUUCCGGGGCAGCCAAACGCCUGAAUCUCUUGGCUCGUGCCACGGGUGAGGAGGUUGAACAACAGAAUCAAUUGAUACAGAAUAUUGCUGAGAAGAGCGACCGGUUCGACGAUCGACUACACUUCCAAACCGAAAGACUCAAGAGAAUACGUUGA